UCUCUUGGCCUGCCCCCCAGCCCUAUAUCUAGCACGAUAUGCAUGCCCGCGGCCCCCUAGUCACCACACACUUGUAAACUACCUCACCAUCCCGAACUCUCUUCACCACCACCAAAAUGCUCCCCCUCCUUAUCCUCACGCUCCUUGCUAUCCCCGCCGCGCUCGCCGAGAGCGUGUGGAUCAACUGUGCGCAGAACCCGGCCUUCGACGUGCAGGCUGCCAAGACGAGCUCGCUGGCGUGCGACUCGUUCUGCGUCACGUACGAGUACGCCUACUGGAAAUCGGGCACACUUGACUGUCGCUGUUCAAACAGCCCAGUCCCGAUUCAGGACAUGGUAGGCACGACCAACCUGGGUGGGUCGUGUCCCAGCGACCGCUACAAUGAGCGCAAGAUCUCGUCCCAGUACGGCACCUUCCUGCAGUGCCUCUCCGCCACGAACGGCAUGGUCAACCCGCAGGUCUUCGACGGCAUCCCGACCGUCGCCGCCUGCUGGGACAAGUGCGCCUCUGUCGGCCCGACCACCUACGCGUCGUACAAGGCAAGCGGCCAGCUCGAGUGCAGCUGCUUUAACAGCUUCACGGGCACGCCGACCAACUGCGGCGCGGGCAACACGUAUGUGUGGCAGUACGGCCCGAACGUCGUCGUGUCGGGCGUCGCGCGCCGCCGUCGCGCCGUCGCCGCCGCCGCGCAGAAGGCGCUCGCAGAGCAGCUGGCGCCCCACUGCCCCCUCGGAUUGUCGGCUUGCCGCGUCAGCCCAGAGAUGCUCGACCACGCGAGCUACGAGUGCAUCAACCCGCUGGCCGAGCUCGAGUCGUGCGGCGGCUGUGUGUUUGGCGAGAUGGGCACGGGGAACGCUACUGGUGUCGACUGCACCGCCCUCCCCGGCACGUCGCGCACCGGCGUCAUGUGCCUCGGCGGCCGCUGCCGCGCAUGGCAGUGCGAGAACGGCUACGCCCUCGUCGACGGUGCUUGUGUCGUUUCGAACUAGGCUUCGCCCCGUGCCGUGCGCGCGCCGCGUUACUCCAUUUGGACAUUUCAGCCGGACUGGACAUUGUCGCUGUGAUAACAGUCCCCCCUCCUAUCUAUAAUAGCUAGACUAUGAAGGUAUAGAGUGUGUGCU